UGAUUCUUCAGGAAAUGGAAAAAGCUGUAUUUUCAUAUAAAUAUAACUUCAUGUAUCAUAGAUUUCUUGUGAUAAAAAAAACAAAAAUGAUAAUAACAAGAAAUUUGAAUAUAAAGUAUCAUCGUGAUUAAUUAAUACCUAAGACGAUAAAUAAUAGAACAUAUAAUUACAAUGCAAUCAAAUCUCGAAAGUGGAUUGCAAUUAAUUACAAGGUUAAGAAAAAAUCUAUGUGUUUCAGAGUUUGACGACACUCUUUUUUUUAACGGAUUAAAAAAUACGGACAUUAUAGAAAUAACUGGAGAUGUAUCCAGUGGAAAAUCACUUUUGUUAGCGAACAUUCUUGCUAAGUGCAUACUUCCUGAUAGGUACGACGAUAUUCAUGUUAAAGGUCUUGCAGCUUCAGCGAUAUUAAUAAAUACUGAUUGUCAUUUUCAAAUAUCAAAAUUAGUUAAAAUAAUGACGACGAUUGUGACUGAUGUAUAUAAAUCCAUUGAUAUAAAGAAAGUAAAUAAUGAAACGAUAAAUAAAAUUGUUAAUGACGUGCUCGAUAAUUUAAUUAUAAUUAAUUGUUAUGGAAAUGAUCAAUUUCUAUUAACAUUACAUACGUUAGAAAGUAUAUUAUUUUGCAAUGAAAAGAUUGUAAUUUUGGCAAUCGAUAGUAUAUCAGCAUAUUAUUGGCAAACCAGAGAAAAUAAUGAUAUUAAGUCUCUAGAUACCUACGUGAUAAAUUUAAUAAAACUUAUUCGAGCAACCACAUCUCAAUACAAUGUUAUAAUGAUUUAUACAAGACCAAGUGCAUUGACUAUAAAUGAUAUUAAGUCCAUAAAAUUUAUUACUACAAAUAUUUUAAAAGAAUUAAAUUAUAUUAUUCGCUUAUUUAAAAAUAAUGAUUCAGAAAAACAUUUGUGCUUAAUAGAGUCAAAAAAAGAAACAAGAACUAUUAGCUUUAUGAUUAAUACUGGUAUUAUUAAGUGGAUAACAGAAAGAGAUUAAUUAAAUAUUUACACUUAUAAAUUUAAUCUUUUAUUCCCAUUAAAAGGACUUCAUUUACUAUGUCUGAUGGAUUUAAUAAUCGAGAUCCUGCUAGUGUUAUGGAACAAUUUGUUUUAUAUAGGGACACUAUCUCUUGAACUUUCCUACUUUCUUCCGGUGUAAUGCCACCAACAACAUAUAUUAAUAUCCAUGGGUUAUCUGCAGGAUGACGUUCUGCUUUGCUUUUCGAAAAAAGGCUAUAACAUAAUAGUUUAGAUAUUAUUUGGUCAUAGAUGAAGUAUAUUAUAUAUACUUACUUGAAACUAAUACUGGAAUGCAUUGAUGUUGCGUGUAGAUCAUGAAUUUUAGGUCUCUUUGGAUUUAUUAUAUCUUUAACUAAUUGUUCUAAUAUA